AUGAGAUUAGCCGCGUAUGCUGGGGUUCGACAGGCCUCAGUGGCUCUGGCCACCGGUGUUUUCCUCAAAGCACUGCAUCAGAGGGCGAAUUUCUACUCUGCCUGCGUGUACUUAUCCCAAAGCAGCGCCAAUCUAAUGAUCCUGACGAAUGUCUGCCUCCUUGCGGUGGGAUUUCUCCUCUUCUGGCUUCAGCGACUACUCUACGGACCCCUACGACCGAUCGAGACCGAGCAACUGUACGAAAAAGCAUGGUUCGCGAUAACGGAGACCUGCCUGGCGAUGACGAUCUUCCGGGGGGAGCUCGGCGCCUGGUUCUUGGUCAUGUUCGUCUGUCUGCUGGUGGGCAAGGUUUGGGGCUGGAUUAGUGAGGGUCGCGUGGAGUUUUUGGAACAGCAGCCGCCGGCGAAUCCUCGGUUGUUCCACACCCGGCUGUCGAUUUCGUUGCUCUUGUCCGUCAUGUUCAACGCCUUCUUGUUGCGGUACUGCAUCACAACGGUCCUGGAACAGGCGCGACCGGACAUGAUGGUCAUGUUUGGCUUCGAGUUCGCCAUCUUGACCAUUUUUGUCCAGCUCGACCGCGGCCAGAUGAAGGCGAAGGUGGAGGAGCGGCGUCGAGAAAUAAGAGUAGAGAGAGCCGAGGCCAUCAGACGAGCCGCCCAGGCUGGCGAAAGCAGUCCGCCCACCAACCUCCCGGACGAGAAUGACAUCGAUGAGAUGGAGCUGGAUGUUCCCGGCUGGGAGGAGAAAGGUCGCUGGGUCUUCUACCUUGAUCUUCUCACCGAUUUCCUGAAGCUCACGGUGUAUCUCACUUUCUUCGCCAUCCUGUUCACGUUCUACGGUCUCCCCAUCCAUAUUCUGCGCGACGUCGUGGUUACCAUCCGCUCUUUUGGCCGACGAAUCAUGGACUUCAUGCGAUACCGCAACGCGACCCGCGAUAUGAACGAACGGUAUCCCGAUGCAACCGCCGAGGAGGUCACCCGGGAGGAAGUGUGCAUUAUCUGCCGCGAGGAGAUGACUCCGUGGCAACAGCCUGCAGACGGCGCUGGUCAACCAAGAGCCCGUGUCUCCGAGAGACUUCGCCCCAAGAAGUUGCCUUGUGGCCAUAUCUUGCACUUCGCGUGUCUUCGGAGCUGGUUAGAAAGGCAACAGAAUUGCCCGACGUGUCGGCGUCCGGUUCUUGCCCCCGCUCGUCCUGGUGGUCAAGCGGACACUCCCGGUCAGGCUCCAAACAUACCGGGCGCAAACCAACAGCCAGGAGGGGCCGGCGAUGGGCGCCCUCGUGCCCGAGUGUAUCAAUUUGGCCCGUUUCGGGUUGGAUUCGGUGCCGGCAGAGGUGACCUUUUCCAAAACCUCCACCAGCAGAUUCACCAGGGCAAUGCACCAUUGCCACCACUCAACAAUCAACAUCCUAAUGCGCGACAGAUCGGUUUCGGUUUUGGAUUUGGCCGGCCACCCCCACCUCCGACACAGUCCGUACGAACUCCCACCCACAUUGCAACUGACAUCCACAUGCAAUUGGACAUGAUGGAGGAACAUAUUCUCCGGGAGAUCAGCAGCUUGCGCGUGGCCGCGGACCACCUACAUUUGGUCCGCUUGUUACAGGCUGAGCUCCAUCGGCUUCGCACCCUGACCGGGAAUACCUCCAACUCCGCUCAAAGCCCCUUUUCCACUGCGCCGGUUCCUCCAACGCCCACAACAUCGACUUCGACACGCCACCAACAGUUUGAACCCCGCGCAACGGCCAUGGAAUCCGACGACAGUCGUCUUCCUGAGGGACUGAGCCUUCCGCCCGGCUGGACCCUGACGCCUUUGCACUCUGCCAGCGGAAUCUCGCCUUCCAGCCUUUCGAUGCCUGUUCCGCAAUCUAGUCAACCGGCACCGAGCCCCGAGACCAAUGCGGGCGCGCAAUCUACGCCUGCGCAAGAAGCGCAGUCCGGCCACGAGAGGAGCGAUGGGGCGGGAACAUUCACCGAAUCUGUUCCGCAAGACCUGCCGAACUGGCAGUCGAAUGCGACACCGGCAUCUGUCAGCCAAAAUGACGUCGCCCCGUCGAACGAUUGGACGGACGUGGCAGCGGAGACUCAGAGUGAGAAGGCCGGGCCGACGUCUACCGUCGAGGGAAGUGGUAUCGACGGAGAACAAACCUCAUCCUCCCCUUCCAAGGGCAAGGCGCGGGUGCCUACGGUGGAAGAUGCGGUAGACGAUGGGGUUUGA